AUGCCACUCUUGCUUGAUGCUGCUGGUUUGCUCCACGCAGAAGCCCGUGCAGCUUGGCGUGCGCACCCGGUGUUUGGGCGCUGGUGGGAAGGGGCGGUAAGCGCACUGCUGGCACGCCCCUUCCUCACCGUACGGAACCUCCAAACGGCUGUUGAACAUGUCCUCGCCACUAGCGGCUAUGCACGUCCACUCCUUGCACCCUUCUUCGAGUGGUGCAUUGGACAUGCUGCCGGUAUCACUUCCUUGUUAGCCCUAAUGCAAGACCUGGCCCGGCCGGCAGACGGGCAUUACCUGCCUGGCCCUUUGCAGGAGGUGCUACUUGCAACCCUGCUGGGCAAAGCUGAGGCCCUCGCACUUGCGCGGCGGCUGGACGAAACGCAGCAGGACCCGGCCGCGGCCCCGCGGCUUGGCCUUCAUGUGGCUGGCGAAGCAAAGCCGGACGCCCCACAGUCCGGCAACCCCUCGUUUGCUGACAGCCCGCCACCGCCCCCACAUGAGCCCGUGCCUGCACGCCCGCGAUUGCACCUCCAUUGGGGUGAAGAGCCCGUGCCGCGCCUUCCCGCGGGUGGCGGCCCCCCAAUACUAGACGGUGACACGGCGCAAUCCGUAACAGGCGUUUCACCUCCGCCCGGGCGGAAUAACACAUCGCCGGCACCCAUUGACCCAAUCGUUCCGCCAGCUGGCCGUGCCAAUGUCUCCCAACCCAGCACGCCGCGGGCCGCGGCCGCCGGGGAAGGCGGGGCCGCGGGCGGCAUGCUGACCCUACGGACCGCUCUGCGCGCUGGCCUGCGGCUCGCUGCGGAACGCUCCUCCCCUGAGGAGGAGCUUAAGGGAUGGAAGCUUUUCAUGCUUGCGCCGCGAAUGCUUUUGCACAGGGAACCAGGCACUGCACGCAUCAGCCCCGAAGAACUUCAGAGCCGAUGUGAUCUCUUUAGCCAGGGCUUGUGGCAACAGUUGCUCCAACAAGCCGCAAGGGCUGCGCGCGCUUCCGCCCUCGUCCACAUUGGCGAGUUUUCGGCUGUGGGACACGCGCUGGUCUCGGAGCCGCUUGCGCCGGGCAAUGAAGACACCCUUCAGCAGCUCUGCGACCCUGCGCGCCGACCAAAUGCCCCAUAUGCGCCCAUCAGCCCUGAUGUCCUCAACUACAAGCCAGCUGAUGCAAUUGCGUUCCCCAUCACGGCGUUCCUUGCAGCAUUGCGCACCGCUCGUCGGGGUGCUGCUGCUUGCCCUUCUGGUAUGACGAACGAACACGUAAGAAUCCUCCUCGAUGAGGUGGAGGAUAGCCAGCUCCUCCAUAAUGUUGCGGAGCGCUUCGCACAAGCAAAUGUCCCGCCUGAUGCACUUGCUGCACUUCGGGUCGGCCGUGUCGUGGCCCUGCGUAAGCCGGGGGGAGGGGUACGUGCCUUAAUCGUUGGAGACGUGCUGACGCGCCUUGUGGGGGAAGCCGUGUUCGCGUACCUCGAUGAUACCUACGUUGUGGCGGCCCCUGAGCGCAUCCGGGAACUUUAUGUGUGGUAUGGCCGCGGGCCGCCCGCGGAAGUCCGCAGCCCGACAAACUCUUGGCUGUACGUGCCGCUGCUGCAUGCCGCGCUCGGCGCACUCACUGAUGGAGCACUCGCCCAGUGGCGUGCCGACCCGCGAGCCGCCCCAUGGUGGGAAGAGGCCCGUCGUGCCCUUGCCGCCUCAGCCCCUGUCCCGGUGGCCGCCCUAACGGAGGCGCUCAUCGCAGCAGCCAUCCACAAUCAUGAAGCGCUGCCUGAAACAGCACUAGCCGAGGCCGCCACUCUCCCAUCCAGCACGUUGAUCCACCUUGGAUGGGUCGUCCGUCAUUUGGUUGGGGAAGACGGCUACAUCACUGCAGCGGGUCAGGCGGUGUGCUUGGAAACGUUUGGCGGCGCCGGAUUGGCAACAACACUUGACCGUCGAUCGGACAUUUUCCGAUACGCGCGCCGCCUAACCGUCACAUACGGGGCCAUCGAGCCUCCGCCCUUGG